AUGGUGAGUUUCUUGAUGCUUUCUGUGGUUCUAUUGUUAUCGUUCUUGAUCUUCAUUGCUGUCGACGCGAAAUCUAGCAACCUCCCCACGGGCCACGAUUUUGAGACAAACAAUGCCUUACGUUCUGUCAGCUCCGCGUUUCCGAAUUUGGACUCGUCAGGGACAUUUUUCAUCUUUGCCAACUCCACCAUUCGCGAUGCGGGAGUGGACUUUUUCAGCCGGAACAAUGGUUUCGACUUGGAUUUGUGGAACGAGAUGAACGACUUGAGUUUCUGCAAAGCAGCAGAGUCCGAUGACGUAGCUAGGGUCUGUUUUGGCUUUCUGUCGAGCUCAGCUUGUUUGCGGAUCUUGUCAAGGUCGGGAAACAGCGAGCUUGAUUUGAUGGUGGAUGGCACUGGCGUGGAAAUUGUAGUUUGUUUCUUGAGCUUUAGAGCUUUACAUUCGUGUUCGUUGAAGUUGGUUCUGUGGUCGGUGCAGAACGACACAGAACAGUGCGGACAUGUGAACGGCAGAAAGUCUACCCGCUGGCACACCGAGCAGAGCCGCCCGAUGUCCAGCAACGACUCGUCUUUAGUGGUUGUCAUUGAUGUCUGCAAGAUCAGCACACGCUCUGUAUUUAUACGUAAAUUGAGUGGCAAAUUUGCCACACCAGCCACGACAGGCCCCGGCGGCGCAGAUUGGAAAAAAAUUAUUUCCACGGCUUGUGUGCUAAUGAUUUGUGAUAUCAACGUUCUGUGGCCCCAGGACAGCUAUGACUCGCCUGUGACGCCCGCGCAGCUGAAUGAGCUCAAGAACAGACUCGCCGUGUUGGAGGAGCUCGGAUACACGCACAUUGCUCUCAACUUCCGCGUGCGACAAAGCCAAAAGAUCCCUGCACAGAUAAACCCCAUCGAUGUAUCGCUGUUCCGCGAGUUUGAAUGCCGGCUCAAGCUGUUUACUCGUGUGACCUUGGUUGUGGACGACGCGUCACAGAUGCAGACGGUGACCAAGUUCCAGAACGCGUUUGAUCUCGUCGCGAUUGAGCCCCACUCGGAAAAGGCCCUUACAGCCUGUAUAGUGAACAUGGAGGUGGAUCUAAUUUCGCUAGACUUGGCAAACAAGCUGCCGUGCUAUUUGAAACACAAAACCAUCGGAUCCGCCACCGAAAAGGGUACUUACUUCGAGAUCAAGUACUCAGACCUGGUUGAUACUAAUACAACCACUCGUGCUAUGGCCAUUGCCAACAUGAAGCAACUGUUCAGAGCAUCAAGACUGCGCGGACUCGUGUGCUCGAGUGGAGCAGCUAGCGCAAGGCCGUUGCGCAACUAUACAGACAUUGCAAACUUGCUGGUUUUGUUUGGCCUCGACAGCAACCGCAGCCAACAGGUGUUCAAGGACUGGCCUUUGAAAGCUUUACUGGCUGGACGUCUGAGGAUCAAAUCGUACAAACAAGUGGUCGCCAUCAGCGGAGACGACAACUUGCUGGACAACUCGCUGGAGUCAAAGAACAAGCAAGAUGCCACGCCUUAUAGACAGACCAAAAGACGCAAACAGAACCCUGUUUAA